AUGAAUGCCAAGUCUCUGAUACUCGCCGCUGCGUGCGCUACUGUGGUGCGGGCACACGGGUUAGUUUCUGGGUUUGUGACCGAUGGCAAAUGGAACCAGGGUUUCCUGCUCGACUAUUAUUACCAAUCCAAGAACGGUGGAAAUCCGCCUGACAUCGCCUCUUGGUAUGCCGAGAAUUUGGAUAACGGCUUCGUCGAGCCCAACAACUACGGUACUUCCGAUAUCAAUUGCCACAAAAAUGCUAAGCCUGGCGCUCUCACGGCAAGCGUGAAGGCCGGUGGCACUGUCGGUUUCCAAUGGACAACAUGGCCACACGAUAUUGGCCCGGUCCUUACAUACGUAGCGGCGUGUAAUGGCGACUGCUCUAAGGCUGAUAAGACAGCAUUGAAAUGGGUCAAGAUCGACGAGGCAGGUUGGGACUCGACCUCGGGCUGGGCUUCAGCGAAACUGAUCGCAAACAACAACACGUGGACAACCACAGUCCCGUCGACGCUCGCCGCCGGAAAUUACGUGUUCCGCCAUGAGAUCAUCGCUUUACAUGGAGGCAGCUCAAAGAACGGUGCCCAAAACUACCCACAGUGCAUCAACAUUGCCAUCGCAGGAUCUGGCACUGACAAGCCCACCGGAACACUCGGUGUCAACCUUUACAAGUCUGAUGAUCCCGGUAUCCUCUUCAACCCGUAUACUACUUUCAGCAGCUAUAAGAUCCCCGGCCCAGCUCUCUAUCGCUCAGGUUCAGGCUCAAAUCCAGGCCCUUCCACAACAACCAGAGCUGACGCUACUACGACCACAUUUAAAACAUCCACGGCAACCAAAGCCUCGACCACAACGACAGCCGCUUCACCAGGACAGACAGGCUCAGGCGCAGCUUUGUACGGCCAAUGUGGUGGUAUUGGCUGGACCGGCGCAACAACUUGCGCUCAAGGAACCUGCAAGACGCUCAACGACUAUUAUUCGCAAUGUGUACCAUGA